AUAUAGAUAGUGAUGUGCGCCGCAGCAAAACGACACGUACCAAAGUAAGCGCCGUGGUCUUCUCUCUGACUUAUGCAAACCACCGCACGAAAUUUAUUAGAAAAAGCCAUUAUAAGUAGUCAAACAUUGGUCGUUCAAAAAAAAAAAAAAAGUAGUCAAACAUUAAAAGACAUUUAAAGGCAUUUAAGAAAAAAAAUCAGUAAAUAGCAAAAAAAGCCAAAAAAACAAGAUGCCACGAAAUUGCUAAUAAUUACGAAAUACUACAACUUCUUCAGACUCCUCAUAACUUGUCUGUAUAAAUACGAACACUCUCUUCUCGUAAAUUCCACAAACACAAGUUCUCGUACUUUGCUUAACAAAAAAAAAAAAGUAUUUUUGUUUUGUCUAAAUGGCGCCGACAGUAAAAACGGCGGCCGUUAAAACCAACGUCAGCGAAAAGAAAGAGCACCAUUACAGAGGAGUGAGAAAGAGGCCAUGGGGUCGUUACGCCGCCGAGAUCAGAGAUCCGGUGAAGAAGGCUCGAGUCUGGCUCGGCUCUUUUGACACUGCCAAAGAAGCGGCUCGUGCCUACGACAAAGCCAAUCUCAAUUUUCGCGGCGCAAAAGCCAAAACCAAUUUUCCUUAUCCUAACUUCGUCCACGACGAGAGUCCGAGCCAAAGCAGGACCGUCGUAUCAUCGAAGACGAUUAGCGAUCUCAAUCUUGAAACCAGGUUCCCUUUCCCGAAGAUUCAGGUCAAGUCCGGGAUGUUCUUUAUCGAGUCGUCAAGGAGCGAAUCGGAAGGAUCGUCUGUGGUGAUGGAUCGUAGUCCAGAGAGACCAUCACGCCUCCCCUUGGAUUUCGAUCUCAAUUUCCCUCCAAAGCCUGAGACCUAAUUCUUAUUAAUGGGAUAUGAUUAUGAACAUGCGAUUUUAUAACUUUUAGAUGAAUUAAAUGUUCUGAAAUCUAAAUCUAAAGAUUGAAGCUUGUCGUAUCUUAUUCAUAAAUGUUAGUGCCAAAAAUCUUCUUUUUUUUUUUCCAGCAGAGAGUUAAAAAAGUAGUAUUUGUGUUCUCAUCUGCUGUUGUUUAUCAUUAAUUGCAUAUCUUUUGUAAUUUCUGAUCAACAUAAAUAAAACUUUGUUUUGGCAUAUCA